CAGCAAUAUGUGUUACACCACCCAAAAAUUGUGACAAAUAGAUGAAUAUUGGAUGUUGUUUUAGAUGUGAGAUAUGAUCGAUUCUCAUCAUAGACUGCACCCAUGGUACAACAACUUACUAAUCACUAAUAUAAAAGGUUAGGCAACAUCCUGCGAGGGUCCUCAUUGGUGGAUUUUAUUAAUGGAUCCUAUAAUAGUUCUAUUCUAUAAAAGCUUACGCAUCCCCAAUUUGGAUUCUUAUGCAUGUACCUACCAUAUCGUUUUGGUGUGUUGUAGCAAAAAAACAAAUAAAGCAGGCAUGGAUAUUGCCAUGGAUGAAGCUGCAGGCGUAAACCCAACUAGGCUUAAGGGCGGAAUGAUAGUUUGUUGGAUUCUUGGACUUGGAAAUCUUCUGGCAUGGAACUGCAUGCUCACUAUCGGAGACUAUUAUUAUCAACUCUUUCCUAAGUACCACCCUUCAAGAGUGCUUGCCCUUGUGUACCAACCCUUCUCCAUUGCAACAAUUGCAAUAUUGUCUUAUAAAAGUGAAGAGAUUGAUAGGAGGAAGCGGAACUUGGCUGGAUAUCUCUUAUUCACUUUAGGAACAUCUUCACUCCUACUGAUAGAUUUUGCAACAUCGGGGAAGGGGGGGCUCGGAGUCUACAUAGGCAUUUGUAUCGUUGUUGCUUCUUUUGGAGUGGCUAGUGCCCAUGUAGAAGGUGGUAUUGUCGGAGAAAUCUCAUCCAUGUCCCCAAAACUCAUCCAAUCCUUCUUUGCUGGAAUAGCUGCCUCAGGUGCUCUCACUUCUGGACUUAGGCUGGUGACAAAAGUUGCAUUUGAACUCUCCUCUCUUAAUCUUAGGAAGGGAGUUAUUUUGUUUCUGACAAUUACCACAUUGUUGGAGUUAUUGUGCUUUAUACUGUACGCAUUCAUUUUCCCAAAAUUACCAAUAGUGAAAUACCAUCGCUCAAAGGCCGCGGCUUUAGAGGGAUCGCCAAGUGAAAUAACAUAUGAUAGGAUGAGCAAGAAGGAAUUGUUCAAACAGAACAUAGAUUAUGCUUUGGACCUCUACCUCAUAUAUGCUCUAACCUUGUCCAUUUUUCCUGGAUUUUUAUAUGAGAACACUGGGUCCCACAAUCUCGGUUCAUGGUAUCCUAACGUUCUAGUAGCGGUGUUCAAUGUUUGGGAUCUCAUAUCAAGAUACAUCCCACUUGUUAACAGAAUGACAUUGAAAUCCAGGAAGGGGUUGAUGAUAGCGACGCUAUCUCGGUUCUUGUUAGUACCGUGUUUCUACUUCACCGCUAGGUACGGUGAUCAGGGGUGGAUGAUCAUGCUAGUGUCAAUCCUCGGACUCACAAACGGUUAUCUCACCGUCUCUGUCCUCACUGCAGCCACCAAAGGCUACGAGGGACUAGAGGCAAAUGCAUUGGGUAACAUGCUAGUGUCAUGCCUUCUUACUGGUGUGUUUUCUGGUGCGGCUCUUGACUGGUUGUGGCUCAUUGGCAAUAGUGACUUUUAAAUGAAAAGAGACACGAGGUUUGAAUAUCCAUCCAACAUUCUAAAGCAAUGGCAUAUAAGGGCUUCAAAUUUGGGGUGCAAACCUUAAAAGUACUAUUAGAUGGAAUUGACUUGAUUGAAAUGUGAAUGACAUCACAAAGUUAAUGUUUUCAUAUAAAAAGCAAUCAUAAGGACAAUGAAAGUUUGAAAUGUGAGUGUCAUCACAAGAUGUUAGCGCAUAUUCUUAGAUGUAUGAGCUUAGCCCCAAAUAAUCACUAUUUGUCUUAAAUACUUUGUAGUUUUUACCUAUCUUAUUUUCAUGUAUUUGGCUAGUAUUUCUCUUCAAGCCAAAUAGGAACCACAUGUACUCAACUUGUUAAUGCUUGCAGAUUUGUUUCAUGCUUGCGAUUGACAGAGUCCAAUUCCAUGAUGUUUCAAACUGUGAUACGAGUAGAUGUAUUUUUUUUACCCAAGACCAAGAAACAAGUCGGCCUAGUUCAACAUCAGACUUAAUUCAACCCUAGUAAUUUCUAAUGGGAGCAGGGCCGGCCCAAAGGGAGUCUAAGGUUCCCAUUCGCACAGAGCCCAUCAAAUAGAAGGCCCAAACAUAUUAAUAGUACUCCAUCCGUCCUUUAUAAAUGUCAUUUUUUCCUUUGUUGAUUGUCCCAAAAACAUUGACAUUUUCAUUUUAUCAAAUAAUUUGUGGUUCCUAUUAUUUCUUUCUCUUCUCAACUAAUCACAAACACAUAUUUUUUCUUUACUUUAUUCUACUUUAGGAUUUUAGUUGUUCUAAUUUUCAAUUGAGAUCACUAAAAUACCCCAAAUAGUUUACAUUGAAAGUUUGGUAAAUGAAUUUACAUCUAUAUAUGCUAGAAGAAUGUCUCUUUUAAUUUAAAUAUAUUUGGUUAAUGACACGUAAAGUUAAUAAGGUUUUAUAUGUGAUGUUUUUUGGAUCUCUUUUAACUAAUUUUACUAGUUAAUAAAAAAUAUAUCAUUACAUGUGUUAUUAAUCUUUCUAAUACUCCCUUCAUAUUUAAAAGCUUGCUACACUUUCCUGUUUGAGAUAUAUUUAAAAGUUGCUACACUUUCUUUUUGGGUAUGUUUUUCCUUUAAAAAUACUCAUCUACCCUUAUUUUUUUACUUUUUAUCUUCUCUCCUACUUUUUCUACAAUAUUUAUUACCCCUACUAUUUCCUCUUUAAAUAUUGGGUCAAGACCUAAUGGAAUGAUUUUUUAAAUAAGGAGGGAGUAUUAGAAAGGCUCAUAUUAUUUUGUUGCACAAGGCCCUCAAUUUCUUAGGACGGACCAUGAAUGGGACUUGGGAGUAGGGAUGGACUGGGACCGGUCAGACCGGCCCAGUACCGGAAUCGGACCGCCACUGUGUGGUACCGGCCCGGCCCGGUUGACCGAGACUUGGCCUUGGGCCCGAACUGGGGGGUUUUGGGGCGGGUCACUGUGACACUCUAAAAAUUUAAACAAAAUAAAAUAAAUAAUUUUAUGUCAUAUAAAAUAUUAAAAUAACAUUUAUAUUUUAUAUAAGUGAACCAGACAAAAAUUUAACAUUCGUAAAAUGGUUAGUCUGAUAAAAAUGAUCCGAUAAUAGAAGUAACGUUUUAUAUCAAGUACCAGUUAUAUAUAUGGCAUAAGUAAUAAAAGUUAUUUUUGUGUGUAAAAUUACACAAAAAUAAAAGCUUGACUUUCUAAAUACUAAUAUAUACUUAAGUAGUUAUGUGCAAUAAUAUUAAAAUAAAAUUCUCAUAGCAUAGCAAUACAUUACAUGGAAUACAAUGGGUAGACUACGUAAACUAAAAUGUAAAUUCUACUAAGAAGAAUUACAAACCAACUGUGACCCGUCAUAGACUCCAUAUUUGAACGUAUCAGGUCAGGUUUACACAUAAAAUACGCUCGAACUGCAUAAAUAGAGGAGACCUGCGCUAGCAAAAACUCUUAUGUGAUAGUCAACUUCGAAUUUAGCCGAUAAGACCAAUAAAAGUGGAUCGCUAGCAACCGAAGUGCAACCUAGAACUCUCUACCCAUCAGUAUAAAUACCAGACCAAGCCUGCGUUCUUCUCAUCCCCCCCCUCCCCCCCCCCCCAAAAAAAAUAACGAUCGGUCAUUGGUAUAUAUCUACGCACAUAUAUAUACAUAUUUAUAUACGUAGUGUAUAUAUAUACACCAAAAUUCGUCCAUUCGUUUUACUAAAAACUGAGCUCUGAAAACACUUUAAAAACCUUCCCCUUCGAGAGAGGAAUACAAAGGUGAAAGAAUCGUAGAAAACGGUCGUGAAACGAGAGAGAUAUCGCUUGCCGGAGUUUCGCCGGGCUAACCGUAACGACGGAAAACGGAGAAGAAGAAGGAACCGCCAGCGCCGCCAGUCCAUCACUGACCACCGCCGUCCCAGAAGGAGCCGAUAGCACCGCCGUUUCACUCGUCCGUCGAGGUAACCUUUCCCCCCGCUUUUGGCCAUUGCCGGCGUCGCAAGGAAGAAGACGGUUGUCUUCUGUGUUUUUUUUCCUGGGCCGAACUUCCUUCAUGUAGGCCUGCUCUAUUUUCUUUUUAUUAUUAAUUGGGACGGUAGAUUUUAUUAUUUUGGGGCUGGAUGAACUCUUAGUAUAAUAAUAAUAUAAUAAUAAUAAUAAUAAUAAUAAUAAUCUGCAAAACUAAUAAAUGGAGGUGAAAAAUAUUAAUGCUGAAUUUGGCUUGAUUAAAUGAUAGUAAUCACUUGGAUAAAUUUGUUAAUUUUUACUUGACAUAAUUACAUAAUGUUAAAUAAUAAAAAGGAAUUGAUGGUUUAAUUAAUAAAAACUGAUAAAACGAAUAUUUUAUUAAAAUAAUAAUUAGUUAUUUGGGUUUAGUAACAUGAGUAGAAACAAAAAAUUGGAUAGAUAUUAUUUUCACUAAUUAUUGGAAUAAUUGAAGUAGAUUAAUAAGUUAACAUAAAUACCGACUCGGAAAUAUUAAAUGUUUGCGUAAGCUAUUAAUAACCGGAUAAUUUAUUCUUUAUUAAUGGAUUAUUGAUAAGUAAAAUCUAAUUGGAACUUUUAUAUGAGUAGAUAAAGUCGAACCCUCUAUAAUAGAGAAUCAGUAAAAUAAAAUAGAAAGUUAGAAGUGGAUUGAUUAAUAAAAUAAACUCGUAUAAUUAAUUAAUAAUAUUAGUAUAUGCGAAUAAUAAAAUAAAAGGGGGGAAAUCGGGUAAAAUAAUUACAAAUAGAAUAAGUGACUAAUUAUAUCAUCUUAAUUAAUUAAAAAGGUGAAUAUUUAGAGACCGGAACUGAAGAAGAGAAUUAGGAGCAUCGGGACUUAAGGAGGUGAUCAUGUUGAUUUUGAUGCUGCAAUGUUUGAGAGCGCGAAUUAGAAGACAAUUAUGUAGUUCACUAGAAAUAAACUUUAAUAUUUACUUAUGAUUCGAACAUCUUGAUUUUGUUAAACUCGUGUUUUGGUAGAUAGCCUUAGCAUCCAAUCAUUCACGGAUUGGAUGUGGCGGUGACAUGCCCCUUUACUUAGUUUUUAUUAAUUUCCGCUGCAACUUUUGAAGUUUUAAUCAUUAAAUAAAAGUUCAUCUCUAUUUCAA